AUGGCCGAUGAACCCCGACGCUCCGGCCGAGCCACCAAAGGCCAACACAAGAACCUUGAACUGCCAGAUGAUCACGCAAAAAAAGGCAAAAGCAAAAGCCCGAAAGAAAAGAGCGCCAAGUUGUCCGCCGAACCCACACCCGGUCCUAGCGAAGCUGGGGGAGACGAAGAAGAGAUUAUCCGAUGUAUCUGUGGUGAAUAUGAAGAGGAAGAGGAUGUGGAGCGUGAUAUGAUUUGCUGUGAUCAAUGCUCAGCAUGGCAACACAAUGACUGCAUGGGUCUCACAUUCGUGAAAGGUCAAGAACCAGAUCAAUACUACUGCGAACAAUGUCGACCAGAGAAUCACACAACCCUCUUGGCCAAGAUCAACGCGGGCGAGAAACCCUGGGAAGAGCUUGCCGAGAAACGUCGCCAAGAGGCCGAGGAGAAGAAGUCCAAACGGAAAAAGGGCAAGAAAGGAGGCCGCAAAGGAAGACCCAGUGAGAGCCGGACGGAUGCCAGCACACCAGCUCGCACUGCGCCAUCCACUACACCAGGCCCUAGCGGUUCUCCUGCACCCGCUGUGUCCGCCGUGCCUGCCUCAGCCGAACCGGAGAAAAAUGGCCAUGCUGUUGAUUCUCGGCGAUCCAGCACUAACAAGCGCAAACUUGAUGAGGCAAUGGAGGCAGAAAACGGACCACAGGUGAAACAGCAACGGGUAUCCCCACAGUCUACACCGGCAGCUAUCCCAGAGGCAACGGCAACCCGAAUCAAGACAGACACUAUCCCCGAGGCGCGUGCCAUUGGAGCCCUGGAGGAGUUGAUGCCUGCCCGCAAGAGUGUGGCCGCACACCUCAUCAAGUUGUUUGUAGACCAGAUUACUGCGGCACUGAAAGCUGGUUCUUUUACCUUGCAUGCGAACCAGUCAGUGGAGGACAUGGCACAGCAACUGGCUCUAUCCAUUGAGGAUGCCACGUAUGAGAGUAUCUGCGGACGGUCAGGCGAGCCGAAUGAAUCAUAUAAGGCGCAAUUACGGUCGAUCAUAUUCAAUGUAAAGAAGAAUACUUCUCUGCGAGAUCGUCUGCUCAUAGGUAGUCUGUCCCCUAAGUUGCUGUCUCAGAUGACAUCGGCGGAGAUGGCUAGCGAAGAACUGCAGCAGAAGGACGCUGAGAUCAAGCGAGAAGCGGACAGACAUCACACCAUUAUUCAGGAACAAGGCCCUCGGAUUCGACGCACUCAUAAAGGAGAAGAGUUGAUCGAGGAUGAACACCAUGGCGCGAACGAGUCUAUUUUCUCCCGCGGACCCCGUCGCGCUGUGGGGGAUGACGGCAGUCCAACCCACAAAAGCCCUACCAGCCCCAUGGGGCCACAUCGAUCAAAGACAGAGAUAGAUGGAUACGUUCGUGGUCUAUCACCCGAGGGUGCUCACCAUGACCACGUCUUCCCUGAAGUGGCUCCCGCCAUCUACGAGCCAGUGCCUAGUGGCAGGGUCCAAGCAGAUGCUGAGAUCGAUCAGCUCUUGCGCGACGAUGAACCCUAUUCACCUCCUUAUUCGCCUAAAGACUUCGACGACGACGGCACCAUCUGGCGCGGUAAAGUAACGAUGCCUCCAAUCGGGGAGUUCUCCUCGUCCGCGAAGCAUGUGGGAGGCGCGGACUUGAGUGGCCGAAUCCCAUGGAGUCAACUGGCGCCCGCCACCUUGGUUGUUGAUGGUCGUAUCGAUAUCAGACGAGCAACUGACUAUCUAUGUGGCCUUCAGUUCAGCAAGUCUACCGAUGUGUCUGUGAUAGCAAUUAGCAGUCCUGAUCAGCCCACGGAUCGAGCAGGCUUCGACAAAAUGUUUGACUACUUCCAUAGUCGUGGCCGUUAUGGCGUCAUUGGAAAGCAUCCGCUGUCCGCUGUUAAAGACACCUACAUUGUCCCAAUGGAGAUCGGCACCACAACGAUGCCCGAGUUCAUUGAGCUGCUGGAAAACAUCUCACUGGAAGUCCCCAUUACUCAACGCAUACUUCUUACCAUUUUCGUUGUCAAGACCGGCGAAUCCAACCCUUCAUCUGUCCAGCCGCCAUCCCACCAGGCUAGCCAAGAGCCACCUGUCUCUGGGAGCCCCUCAGUCGCGGCGACUCCUCAGCAGCCUCAGUUCAGCGCUGGAACUGCACCAACUCCUCCCUCCCACUUCGGUGGCUUCAACUCGAAUCCCGCAACGUACGUCCAGCAGGCCCCUGCACAGCAAGGCCAGCUCACCCCUCAACACCAGCCUGCUCUAACCGGCCUCCCCGCCGCGGUGCAAGUCCUCGGCUCACAAGUUGAUGCCCCCGCCAUCCAACAACUUCUCAAGACUGCGCCUAACGUGGACAUGGCGCAGCUUAGUGUCGUUCGCGACAUUCUGGCUCGCCAACCUGCUGCCGCUGCUCAUUACGAUACUUUGAUGCAGGCUCUAUUUGAGACCCAAGCAAACGGCCAUGUGCCUCAGCAGGGUGUGUAA